GGGAUCAUGAACCAAGAGUCAGCCCUAAGUUGACCUACGAUUUCUACGCUACAGUGUCUCGGCGCCAGGGAUGUGCCCCUAUUCUAUAUUAUCUCUUCUGCGUUAACGCGUCUUUUGUAGAAAGUCAUGCUCAUUGCGUUGCUCGGCUAUCCUCCUUCUCACAGUUAGAAAGCCCCUGUGUGGGAUUUAAAUCUUGUCAUACAUUUCCCUCCAGCGAUGAGACUCGGAUUACUCGGAGUUCUCGUCGCCAUCGCCCACGCGGUCGAAGUAGGCCUGAUCUUCCCUCGGAACGAAACGUAUUCGCCGGCUGACUGGCUCCCCAUUGUCUUUGCAGUCCAGAGCCCGCAGGACGCCGAACUUCUCAACCUACGCAUCUCCUACAGCCUCCGCCACGGCAAUGACGCCAAUAACUCCAUCACUCCUUUAACCCACGAUCUGCGCUGGGCCAAUCUCUCCAGCAGUGCAGACCCGAACGUUGCAUGUCACUAUCUCCCGACGCUCAACAACACGGGCUACUGGUCGGUGGACUGGUGGCUCCGCUGGGAAAGCUGCGAUGAGGAGGCGACAGCCAAGGACGAGGGCCACGAGGGCGUCCUCCAGCACUACUACUCUUGGGCGCAAUCCUUCAUUACCUCGGCACGAUCAAUCUCCGCUGGCCGCGACUCUUGCGUCGUGACGGCCAACUCGACGGCCACACCGGACCCCUGUCGCAUCGCCAUCGACAAGGACACCGCGGCGGGUAUGGCAGCCGUCCAGCACCAGCGGCUCUGCGACGGUCUGAAUGCGCCCGAUGAUUGUUCCAAGGGGGCGAAUGGCGCGCCGCAGCGGUCGGCGGUAAUUGGUGGAUCGUGCUUACUGGCUGCUUUGGGAGUAAUAGGGUUCGCGCUCUUGUAG